AUGAAUCAAUACUGGUCAGCUUUAAUUGAUUGUGCAACACGGAUUGAAUCCUGCUCUCCACUUGCUCAUCAGUACUCUCCGGCAGACCAUGAAAAAGCAGUACUCGCCUGCGGGAACGAGCUUCCUGAGCAUCAAAGCCCACAGAGAGCAGCUGUAAUUGCUGACGAAGCAUACCAAGCGUCUUCCAGAUUACUUCUUUAA